AUGUGGUCCCUGCCCCCUGGGAACCCACGUGAAUUUAAUAUCAACCACACUUUAAAUUCAAUAUAUACUCAUUUCCUUGGUUCUCGAUUGCAACAGUUCUGCCCCAGUCAUCCACAACAAGUUCCAAUUUUUAUAGCUACCACAGAUGGCAACUGCGACUGCAUGGAAUAUUGUGUCAAGAAGCUCUGGUCCGAAGAAUGGCGUGACAAAGUAGGUCCAUGGAGCAAAACCGGUGGACUUGGUGAUGUGCUCGGUGGUCUCCCUCCUGCGAUGGCUGCAAAUGGGCAUCGUGUAAUGACAGUAUCACCUCGUUAUGAUCAAUACAAGGAUGCUUGGGAUACUGAAAUAGAACUUGAGCUCAAGGCUGGGGACAGAACUGAAAAGGUGCGAUUCUUCCACUGCUACAAGAGAGGUGUUGAUAGGGUGUUUGUGGAUCAUCCAAUGUUCCUUGAAAAGGUUUGGGGAAAGACAGAUUCGAAAAUAUAUGGACCUGUAGCUGGAAUAGACUACCAGGAUAAUCAGAUAAGAUUCAGCUUAUUAUGCCAGGCAGCUUUGGAAGCCCCAAGGGUGUUGAAUCUCAAUAGUAGUAAAUACUUCUCAGGGCCUUACGGGGAAGAUGUUGUCUUCGUUGCCAAUGAUUGGCAUUCGGCACUCAUUCCGUGCUACUUGAAAAGCAUGUAUCAGUCUAGAGGAAUGUAUAUUAGUGCUAAAGUUGCGUUCUGUAUCCACAACAUAGCAUACCAAGGCAGAUUUGGGUUUUCAGACUUUUCACUCCUAAAUCUCCCAGAUGAGUUCAAAAGCUCUUUUGAUUUCAUCGACGGAUAUGAGAGACCAGUAAAGGGAAGGAAGAUUAAUUGGAUGAAAGCAGGAAUACUGGAAUCACAUAAGAUCUUAACUGUGAGCCCUUACUAUGCCAAGGAGCUUGUUUCUGGGCCAGACAAAGGAGUGGAAUUAGAUAAUAUCCUCCGCAAAACAUCCAUCCAUGGAAUUGUCAACGGGAUGGACGUCCAAGAAUGGAAUCCCAUGACCGAUAAAUACACUAGUGUCAAAUUUGAUUCUACCACUGUAAUGAGUGCAAAGCCGCUUAUAAAGGAAGCCCUACAAGCGGAAGUUGGAUUGCCAGUGGAUAAGAAGAUCCCAGUGAUAGGUUUCAUAGGCAGGCUUGAAGAGCAAAAAGGUUCAGAUAUCCUUGCUGCAGCAAUCCCGAAAUUUAUAGAGGAGAAUGUCCAGAUAAUAGUUCUUGGGACGGGGAAAAAGGCGAUGGAGAAGCAGCUGGAUGAUUUAGAGACACAAUACCCACUGAAGGCCAGAGGAGUAGCGAAAUUCAAUGUGAAACUGGCUCAUAUGAUUAUAGCUGGAGCUGAUUUUAUAAUAGUUCCUAGUAGAUUCGAACCAUGUGGUCUCAUACAGUUGCAAGCAAUGCCUUACGGAUGUGUGCCCAUUGUUGCGUCAACUGGGGGGCUUGUGGACACGGUGAAAGAAGGCUACACAGGAUUUCAGAUGGGAGCUUUUAAUGUUGAGUGCGAAACGGUUGAUCAAGCGGAUGUAAGUGCAAUAGCCAAAACUAUUACAAGGGCACUUGGAGUCUAUGGUACUCCGGCUUUUUCAGAGAUGAUUCAAAACUGUAUGGCUCAAGAACUUUCAUGGAAGAAACCUUCCAAGAAGUGGGAAGAGGCGCUUCUGAGUUUGGGGGUUGAAGGCAGUGAGCCUGGGAUUGAAGGAGAAGAGAUUGCUCCUCUUUCCAAGGAAAAUGUAGCUACACCUUAAUUACACCAACAACAAUGGACCACAGGACCAGGCAAAAAGCUGCAACUUUAAGCCAGUUUUAAGCAUGUGGUCUCCGUUGUUGGGAAUUGUCUUUGUAUGGUAAUUUCGUUUCAUGGCAAAUCGACGUUCUUAUAACCAAAGACAACCAGAAAGAGAGCAAAUUAAUUUCUCAAAGUUCUAAAAGAGACAACUAUAAUGUAUUGACACUUCACACGUGUAUUGUUUUUAGUAAAUGAAUGUAAUCAUAAGGAUAAGGACGAGCGAGUCAUAGGAUAUAUAAACGG